AUGGGGAGCCCACAGGCUGACGCCAGGAGCACGCAAGUGCCGAAGAACACCGAAACAGCAUGCGCUGCCGUCCACAAUCGUGAUAAUGACGUCUCCGUGAGCAUUUCAACAACCCAGGCUUGGGCCACCAUCACAAUCCGUGUCAGUCGAUAUCCCGAGUCGAUUGGCAGACCGGCACUAACCGUUCCACAUCCCACCCAGACACAUCACCGGCCCCUAUCCCCUUCCCUCCCGAUAAUUUUAAUCACUCUUGGACUCUCUUUUCAAAGUCCUUUUCAUCUUUCCCUCGCGGGCUGCAUUCCCAAGCAACCCGACUCACCGACAGCGCCUCGUGGUGUGAUAGGGUUCAAGAACAACGGGGCUCUCACCCUCUCUGGUGCCCCCUUCCAGGGGACUUGGGCCCGGUCCUCCGCUGAGGACGCUUCUCCAAACUACAAUUCAAACGCCGAGGAUGACCGAUUCUCAUGGGGGCUUAUCCCGGUAGCCACGCCUAACCUGAGGUCUCAUCACGAGCAUUUAGAAAUGCAUAUGGGAAGACGUUCCCUCAAACUAAUGGAAUCGGGCGCAACUUGCGUUCAAAGACUCGAUGGUUCACGGAAUUUUGUAAUGCACACCAAGUAUCGCAUUUCGCUACGUUCUUCAUCGAUGCAAGAGCCUAGAUAUCCGUUGACGAGAGUCAUUCUAUAUCAUGUGUCAAAACACAACCCGCACGAAAACUGUCUCUGGUGCCAUGCAGGAAUCGACAAUGAUCCUUCCGCAGGUUCACCUACGGAAACCUUGUUACGACUUCUCCUUCUUCUAAAUGAUAAGGUUCAAUGGACUUCUCACAACAUCGCGGGCAACGGACCGCCCACGUCACCGCAAUCCAAACACUUCACCGGACCAUCAUCAUGA